UACCUGGUGUUACACCAGAGAACUCACACAGGGGAGAAACCAUAUGAAUGUCCAGAUUGUGGGAAAAGUUUCAGUCGGAACUCUUACCUAGUGAUACACCAGAGAACUCACACAGGAGAGAAACCAUUUGAGUGUCCAGAUUGUGGAAAAAGCUUUAGUCAUAAUGCCUACUUGGUUAUACACCAGAGAACUCACACUGGGGAAAAACCGUAUGAGUGUCCAGAUUGUGGGAAAAGUUUCAAUAAUUAUUCUAACCUUGUGAAACACCAGAGAACUCACACCGGAGAGAAACCAUAUGAGUGUCUAUACUGUGGGAAAAGUUUCCAGCAGAAUUCCAAUCUGGUCAUGCACCAGAGGACUCACACAGGGGAGAAACCAUAUGAGUGUCCAGAUUGUGGGAAAAGUUUCAGUCAGAAAUCUUGCCUGGUGAUACACCAGAGGACUCACACUGGGGAGAAACCAUAUGAAUGUUCGGAUUGUGGGAAAAGUUUCAAUAAUAAUUCCAGCCUUGUGCAACACCAAAGGACUCACACAGGAGAGAAACCAUAUGAGUGUCUAUACUGUGGGAAAAGUUUCAGUCAGAACUCUUGCCUGGUGAUACACCAGAGGACUCACACAGGAGAGAAACCGUAUGAGUGUUCAGAUUGUGGGAAAGGUUUCAGUCAGAACUUUCGUCUGGUGAUACACCAGAGGACUCACACCAGAGAGAAACCAUAUGAAUGUCCGGAUUGUGGGAAAAGUUUCAGUCGAAACUCUUGCCUCGUGAUACAUCAAAGGACUCACACUGGGGAGAAACCAUAUGACUGUCCAGAUUGUGGGAAAAGUUUCAAUAAUAAUUCUAACCUUGUGAAACACCAGAGGACUCACACAGGAGAAAAACCAUAUGAAUGUCCAGUUUGUGGGAAAAGUUUCAAUAUUCAUUGUAACCUGGUGCAACACCAAAGGAUUCACACAGGAGAGAAACCAUAUGAGUGUCCAGAUUGUGGGAAAAGUUUCAGUCAGAACUCUUUCCUGGUGAUACACCAGAGGACUCACACGGGCGAGAAACCAUAUGAGUGUCCAGAUUGUGGAAAAAGUUUCAGUCAAAACUCUAAUCUGGUGAUACACCAGAGGACUCACACUGGGGAGAAACCAUAUGAGUGUCCAGAUUGUGGGAAAAGUUUUAAUAAUAAUUCUGCCCUAGUGACACAUAUGAGGACACACAUAGGAGAGAAACAUUUCAGUUGGAAUUCCAACCUUGUGCAACAACAGAGGACUCACACGAGCGACAAAGCAUAUGAGUGUCCAGAUUGUGGGAAAAAUUUCCAGCAGAAUUCCAAUCUGCUUAUACACCAGAGGACCCAUACAGGAGAGAAACCGUAUGAGUGUUUAGUUUGUGGGAAAUGUUUCAGUCAGAAUUCCAACCUGGAGAGACACCAGAGGACCCAUACAGGAGAGAAACCAUAUAAGUGUCCCGAUUGUGGGAAAAGUUUCAGUCAGAAUGCCAACCUAGUGAUACACCAGAGGACUCACAUGGGAAAGAAACCCUAUAAGUGUCCAAAUUGUGGGAAAGCUUUCAGUUGGAAGUCUGACCUGGUGAGACAUCAGAGGAUUCAC